AUGGGGUUGCAGGAGACAGCCAAAGCUGCACUCAAUGGCGAAAGCGAGAGCCAGGACACUCAACACAUUAUAGGAGUCUAUCACCAGCAGUACGGCGUCGGCUUUAGAAGCAGUUCCCCGUCUCAGCCCAUCCCAGCCGACGAUGUGCAGGCUGAGGUCCAGCGACACCCGAGACCACCUAAAGUCCAUCAGAAGUUCGCCGGAACAAACGACUCUGCACAUCAUCCAACGUCCUUUUCAAAGCCGAAUGCGAAUACAUCGAAGACGAAGGCGAAUACAAAUGCAAAAGUCAAUGCACAUGCCAAAUCGCGGGGUCGAUCGGCCAUAGAGAACCCCACCACGACUGGCAGCUGCAAGGGGGUCAAGGGCAAGGGUCGGGACGCCGAUGCUGGUAGUAGUGCAGCAAAGAGACCAGGGGGCGUCGGGACCAAGGCGGACGCGUCCAACAGUCGCGCUUCAACCUCACAUCGUACAACACCCACCCAUUCACCGAAACAAGUGACACCUUCUGAGGAUGCUGGGGUCUUUGAACCUGUCCUUGUGUCUCCCAUUAUUGGCGAACAUGCUCAGCAGCAACAUGAGGAUAACGUCAAUCCAGUGACUUCCCAACCAGGAACCUUCGCCGGACCUGUUAAUACUGCACUCUUGACGGUGCUCGAUAACCAUGCUCAAGGCAAGGCAUCAUCCUCAAGCAAGAAGCCAAAGCCACAACGGCACAAAAUGGACCCUUCCCAAUCCCCGACCCAGUCGAAUGAUGGGCGCAGCUAUGAGCAGUACAUCUCUCGCGGGGACGACCUGAUUCCAACCGACCCCGUUGAGCAGCCCCAAUUGGACUCACAACAAUCUGCCCACACCUCUCUUUCUGGUGAUGAGAACAGAACCCUCAACGAGGAUGACACCGGUGCCGUCACAUUUCGCAGCAUCGAUGCAUACAAUGACAACUUCUCUGUCCCAGACUCACUUGGUACAUGCAGACCGUCUCAUGGCUCGCCUGACCAUUACACUGGGAAUCCCGAGACUCCAGCGCCGCAUAAGAACCCGUUCGCCGGAAGCAAAGCACAUUUGCUGCCUGCCUCGCAGAUGUUCGGGCAAACCCAAGUCUCGUCGGCCUACAAGGUAGCCAGUCCGACGUCAUCGCGGCCAUCACCUGACAAUUUCCAACCGCAAAACAACAUCUCCCCAAACCUGUUCAUUUCGUCGCCGUUAAAGAAUAUAGGUAUAGGGUUGGAACCAUUAAUUGGUGCCGUUUCUAGCCCCCAGCUACAGCUCCCUUACGAUACCUCGCCACAGCAAUACAGCGAGGAAGAGGCCGAUGCCGUGGAUUCAACCCCCUUACACCCAGCGCGCACCUUUCCCAGAGGCCGAGCAGAAGUGUACGAACCACUGUACUCAUCUCAGCAGCAGCAGAAUGAUUCGUCCCCUCAGCAUGCUCUUGAAGCCGAGUCAGAUGGCAUGGCAAGUGAGGAUGAUGAAAUGCGCAGGCAUUACCGAGCAGUUCUCAAGAGAGCCAAAGUGGAGCAGAAGCUCAAAUCUAUUACAUACGAGCGCCCACCUUCCUCGGAGGACGCAGUGGUGCCUUCAACAAAUACCAGGCAAGGUGAAAACCAUAGGACAGACUCACAAGAUUACCUCGAUCAGUGUGAAGGCAGGGCCGGUGAAGACUCUCAGAAUACUGUCGAGGACUCACAGGACCGUGUCGUGAUCCCUCCCAUGGGAAAUUUCGACAGCCAGGAGGCAGUAAUUGACGAUUCUCAGGAGGGUGUCAUAGUGCAUUCUGCCAAGCAUGCAGCUCAUAUCUCAAGCAAUGAAGCCGUGCCGAACACAGCACGAAGUAAUACUGGAUCUCCUGACGAGCACGCGCCCAGAUCGCCAACCAGAAUCGGCAAAACAGGACGCAGUGACACCGAUCCUGUCCCGGAGACGAGCCCUGCCAUCUUGCAGCCAAGGCCUUUGAGCGAGAUGAUGCCGUCGUCGUCUGGCGAAGCUUCGAAGCAAGCUUCUUUCAACACCCUACUGCGUAGUAGCCUCCGGGAAAAUUCGUCGUCGCAGAGCCGUCAACCACUCGAAUCGAUGUCACCUGGGAGACGAUCGCGUUCAGCUUCACUGGCUCCCCAAACAGCUGCGCAUCGUGAAGGAUCUGUGUUGAACGCCUCGGAUGCUACAUCUCCUCAAGCCACCGUAAAAAAUCCCACGUCAAAGGGCACUGUAGGCCAAAGUACGAUAGAGGUGGCUGAGACUAGCUCUAUUGUCGGUUCUCUCCAAUCCAUGCCAGCAUUCAGCACAAGGGCCAAGCUCCGUGGCUCGCGCAACCAAAUCCGCAACACUAGCCCAGCAGUUUCCGGCAGCUCAGGCUCUUCCCUAAGCAAACUGACUGCAACUCCUGAUGUCUCCAGCAACACAGCGUCUUUGAUGGAAGACUCGGCAGCGAAGACAGGAAAGAUGACUCCAUCGUCGUCUGCCGAGCCCCAUAUGUCUCCCACCGUCGCCAAGGUCGGCCGUCGUGUGGGCAAAGUGGCGGCGAUCAAGCCAAAACCUGCGCCGACCGCCACGAAGAACCUCCGCACGUCGACAAGGCGAUCCAUCACGUCUUUCGGUCGGGCUGCCUCGGUGUCUACAGAUGAAUUGGCAAGAUCACCGGCAUCGUCAGCACCAACAGCGCUUGAGCAGAGCACAACCAUGUCGAGGCUCGGCAGAACGUCGCUGCGAGGGCCUCCAGUUUCGCGAGAGUCCAGUCGCGCAGGCGGUGUCAAUCUGUUUGCGGGGAUGGUUUUUGCUGUUUCGUUCCAAGCCAAGCAGCCGGGGGAGAAGGACAGCAUUUACAACUCGAGGAUUGGUCUUUCGUCGAAAGUGGCCGAGCAAAUUAAACAAGGAGGAGGAACACUGUUACGAGACGGAUUUGACCAGCUUUUUGAAUCCGCAGCGAUCAAGAACGCGGAAGUGGCCUCGUCGACACCUCCACCAGACGAGGAGAUCAAGCUCACCGCAGCUGCAGAAGCUAUUGGAUUUACAGCUCUUAUUGCAGACGGCCAUUCACGAAAGGCCAAAUACAUGCAGGCACUUGCACUUGGAUUGCCCUGUAUUCAUGAACGGUGGAUCACAACUUGCUCCGAGAAGCAGAAGCUAGUUGAUUGGUCCGAUUACCUUCUCUGCGCGGGCAAUUCGUCGUUCCUCAGGGACGCGAUAAGGUCGCGCAAUCUGCCGAUUUACGACGCGGCGUCUGCAAAGUUGAGAGAGGUAUUUGCCAACCGACCACAGCUGCUACGUGGGUCACGGAUACUUCUUGUGUUGCGGAGACAGGACGAGAGUAAAAAGAUGGCAUACGUCUUUCUAGCACGUGUUCUAGGCGCAUCCCUGUCCAGGGUCUACACGAUCGAGGAGGCCAGGAAGCAGCUCAGGGCUAGUGAGGACGCGGGGCACCCAUACGAUUGGGUGUAUGACGAUGAGAAGACUACUGGUAGGGCUGUUCUCUCCGCGGAUACUGCCAGCUCAACUUCUGCAGCACCGGCUGCGAGCAAGAAGCGAAAGCGGAAGAGUGCGGUUGCCGCAACAAGUCCGGCAUCGAAAAAGAUCCGCACUUUAAGUAAUGAGCUUGUCAUCCAGAGUCUCAUUCUUGGGAGGCUAAUCGAGGAAGACGAGGACUUGGGAUGA